AUGUUAGCAAAGAGAAGGCAGAAAUCAAGUAAAGCAUGCUCCUUCUGUAGGCGCAGAAAGAUAAAGUGUGAUAUGGGGCAGCCCUGUUCUAGUUGUAUGAAGUACGGUUGUCUAGAUUGCAACUAUGACUCUCUGAAAACGAUGAGAAUGACUGAAGAAGAAGCUACCGAGAACCGUCGUGAAAAGGUGGAGUUCGAGAUAUCUAUGCUUGAAAAGCGAAUAAGCGAGCUUCGAAGCUCAGUUAGUGAUGAUAAUGAAACGAUAAGUUGUAGCAACUGCUCUAUGACUCCAGAUGUUUCCUUAGGUAUGACCAUCCACAGACAGCUGAUUUUAAAAUUGCCAGAAAAUGAUGUUAUCAAUUUUUACGACGGAUAUUUCUCAAACGAGAUGGAGCAAUCACGAAUAAGUGGAAAGGGUCCGUUGUCGUGGUUUUCUUUAAUGAAAAUUGAUUUGUAUUUAAGUACUGCCUGGUUACGUUUAGUAGAAACUGAAGACUUGAAGCAUAUUAUAUUGGAAGGAAAGAAUACCUCAAAGCUCAAAGGAAAACAAAUAAUGCAACUGUUCCCAAUUGAUUCACAUACAAACUACAAAGGACAACUUAUUUCUUCUUUUUCAUCUGAAGAUUCACAUGAUUGCUCUCAGUCCGAUAGAUCAUGGACCGGAGCGUCUGAUUGUGAAGUGGAUAUGGAACUAAUUAACAAAAUUCAAAGCGUUAUCCCUAAAAUGGGAGUUAUAAAGUUGUUAGUUGAUAGGUUUUUCAGUCAUAUAAAUGGUAUGUGCUCUGUAUUUAUAGAAGCAAGCUUUCGAGAGAGAAUCAAAAGCUUAUUAGGGCAGGUUUGCAAUGAUGAUACAAUACCAAAGAUCAUGGUGCGAACUAGAAGGGACUUAGUUUAUAUGGGUUCACUUCUAGUCGCUUUGAGGUUCUCAUACUUGUCAUUGUUCACAUGCACUGGGGAAAUUCACGCAUAUGAAACUUCAGAUAGUGAACGACGCCAACAACUAAUAUAUAUGAUUGGACAGCCAAUCACUUUGGAUUUAAUUGAGGUAGCCCGGAGCUGUCUAGAUCAAUUUGAUUUAUCGAAGGAGAUUGAUCUUGCAAUAUUUCAGUUUGUUCUUUUAACCAGAAUUUAUGAACAGCAUGCCCCUGAAGUGAGUGAUGUUAUAGAUAAAGGAAAGUCACAGAUAAAUUUAUCUACAUUGUUUGAGCUAGCAUUUUCAUUAGGACUUGAAAGGGAUCCUCGAAAUACCGACAUCUUCAGCCAUGAGAGUGAGGUAGAGUUGAGAAGAAAGCUUUGGUUUCUCUUACUUAUUUUAGAUGUGAAUGGCACCAUGUCAAAUGGCUCUCCUCUUAAUUGCAGCAAGUUUUCCUUUGAUACACAUCUACCAAAUUUGUCAGAUUUUAAUGUUAAACAUGGUAAUUCAUCGAGGCGAGCUUCACGUUUGGACUCAUAUUCCCAUUUUGAAUAUUUGUUCUCUCUUAUACGACUUAUAACCGAUGUAAGAGGUGUCAAGGCAAGUCAAAUAACAGAAGAAAUCUCCUCUAGAGAGAGGGCAUUUCCUAACUACGAUCGUAUAAGAGAACUGAUCUAUUCUAGUCCUCUAGUUGGCGAGCCGCUGUUCAAAAACACGGUGAUUGUGGAAAUUUAUCUGCGAGGAAGUGCAUUUUUGCUAACCAUAUUCUUCCAUUUUUUCAUUCAUUUCGAAAGGAAAAGAAAUGAAAGUUUUUGCAGUUUCUAUUUCAAAAGAGUUGUUAUCAAGAUAAGAGGUUUCUUGGAAGCAGUACACGAUUUGGUAGAGAACAAUCAUAUCAUCUUCGAACAUUCCUCAGAUCUUUUGGCAAUUCCAUCAAUUCAAUUAUUAAUUCAUAAGUGUCUUAUAUGCUUGUCUGCAAUAAUAAUUAGAAUCAAUUUAAUGAUCCGAAGAAACAGUCAUAAUCAUAGGAAGAAUCUAGUCGAUACUAAGUACAAUCUUCAAUAUGAGAAGAAUUUAGAAACAUUUAGUAAGUUGCUUCAAGACUGUUAUCAGUCCUUUUUGGGAAUAGCCCAGAAAGUAGGUCAUAAGAAUUAUUAUUCAUCUGUCAUUGAUACAAUCCAGCAGGGAGUAUUGGAUACUAUUAAUUCACAAGAUUUCUGUAAGCCUUUAACUUGGGGAACAACAUUCAUAAACAUACCAAACGAACAGCUUACUGAAUUAUGUCAAGAAUUUGCAAAAACUUUGGAAACUGUUGAAACGACGAAUAGUACUAAAGUUGCAAACAAUUCUUCUGUCGAAGAAACUGGAGUGUUGGACGAGUUUACUGAUCCUAAUAACUUCACAGGCAAUACAGGCAUGAACGAGUUUUCAAAUAUGGACUACGAAGAUACAUAUGCGAAACAACUUGAUCCACUUUUUAGUGAUUUUACUACGUUAGCUGGAGAUGUUCUAGAGCCUUCCAUUUUCCCUCUGAGUCUUGCCGUAUCUGAAUUUAAUGAUUUAUAA